GGAUGCUCCGACUGCUGCGCGUUGUGGUGAAAUCAGCAAACCGUACGGAAUUACUGUUCUUACGCACUGAAAACGCAUGAAGUGCUCCGGCUGAAAGGAGUCGUUUUCAGGAUGCUGUCUCCAGGUUCUUACAGCGUGGAGCUCAUCAGUGGAUUUUUUCCACUUAAAUUUAUUAUCUAGCCUCCUACGGGAAUAAUAAAUUAUUUGAUUCUCACAAUAAGAGCACCAGCACGAGGACGUGGAUAAAAAGGACUACAUAGUGACACUUUCUGAGUUUAAGUGCUACAGGCAGAGAUGUCUGUAAACUAAAGAGGCAAAUGAAGACGUUUACACUUCAACGCAGUCUGCUCACCAAGUCAAUUGGAUUUGCUGUAAACAGUUCUACAAGAUACAGACAGGGUGGAAACGAAGACGUGGCAUGGCCAGCACAACUACUGACCUUGACAAUGCUGAUGUCCAGAGGCAGUUCAACAACAACAAUCGACCAGCCAACACAACGGAGCAGGCCUGGGACAGUGAAAGCACUACCGCCAAACUUUUUGAGUGUUCCAGGAUCAAAGCACUGGCAGAUGAACGUGACGCAGUACAGAAGAAGACAUUUACAAAAUGGGUGAAUUCUCACUUGGCACGGGUUUCUUGUCGAAUAGCAGACCUGUACAAUGAUCUACGCGAUGGAUAUAUGCUGACCAGACUGCUAGAAGUAUUGUCUGGGGAACAACUGCCAAAACCAACACGAGGCCGCAUGAGGAUCCACUGCUUAGAGAAUGUGGACAAAGCCUUGCAGUUCCUUAAAGAACAACGUGUACAUCUGGAGAAUGUGGGAUCACAUGACAUUGUAGAUGGUAAUCACAGACUCACCCUUGGCCUCAUCUGGACCAUUAUUCUACGUUUCCAGAUUCAGGUCAUAAAAAUUGCAACUGAAGACAAUCGUGAGACUCGUUCUGCAAAGGACGCUCUCCUCUUAUGGUGUCAGAUGAAAACUGCAGGGUAUUCAGAAGUAAAUAUCCAAAAUUUUACUACUAGCUGGAGAGAUGGCCUGGCCUUUAAUGCUCUUAUCCAUAGACACAGGCCAGAUCUGAUUGAAUUCAGCAAACUGGCUAAAUCAAAUACAAUGCACAAUUUACAACAGGCUUUUAACAUAGCAGAGCAACAUUUGGGGUUGACCAAGCUCCUUGAUCCUGAAGAUGUAAAUACAGAAAAUCCUGAUGAGAAGUCAAUCAUCACAUACGUGGUUUCUUUCUAUCAUUACUUCUCCAAAAUGAAAGCACUGGCAGUUGAAGGGAAGAGGAUUGGAAAGGUCUUGGAUAAUGCCCUAGAAACAGAAAAGAUUAUUGAACGGUAUGAUGCUUUGGCAUCUGACCUGCUCGAGUGGAUUGAGAAGACAAUUAGUAUCAUAAGUAACCAGAAAUUUGCCAAUUCUCUACUUGGAGUUCAGCAACAAUUACAGGCAUUUACCACCUACUGCACCAUUGAGAAACCUAUCAAAUUUCAAGAGAAAGGAAAUUUAGAGGUCCUCCUUUUUACAAUUCAGAGCAAGCUGAGAGCCAACAACCAGAAACCCUAUGUACCCAGUGAUGGAAAACUCAUCUCAGAUAUCAACAAGGCGUGGGAGAGGCUGGAUAAGGCCGAGCAUGAACGUGGGGUGGCUCUUCGGACUGAGCUGAUACGGCAAGAAAAGCUGGAGCUUCUGGCUCAACGUUUUGAUCACAAGGCUACUAUGAGGGAGGCCUGGCUUUCAGAGAAUCAAAGACUUGUAUCUCAGGACAAUUUUGGCUAUGAUCUAUCAGCGGUGGAGGCAGCAAUGAAGAAACAUGAGGCGAUUGAGGCUGAUAUUUCCUCCUAUGAAGAAAGGAUCAGUGUCAUUGUUGAACUUGCUUCUGAAAUGGAGACAGAGAACUAUUAUGAUAUAUGUCGCAUCACUGCUCAGAAGGACAAUAUACUACGACAAUGGGCUCUUCUGAAGGAAUUAGUGAGUGGUCGAAGAGGGCGACUUGAGAAGAACCUUAGUCUGCAGAAAACCUUUCAGGAGAUGGUCUAUAUGAUUGAUUGGAUGGAAGAAAUGCAGGUGAAGUUGCUAUCAAAGGACUAUGGGAAACACUUGUUGGAAGUUGAAGAUUUGCUUCAGAAACAUGGCCUGCUAGAAGCUGAUAUAUCAGUACAGGCUGAACGUGUGCAGACAUUUAAUGUGGCAGCUCUCAAAUUCACAAAUAUGGAAGGUUAUCAGCCGUGUGACCCCCAAGUCAUCUGUAACAGGGUCAAUCACGUCAACACUUGCCUAGAGGAACUGAAACAAUUGGGAACAAAGCGGCGCACAGAGCUUGAGGAGUCUCGUCAGCUCUGGACUUUUUUUCAGCAGAUGGAAGAGUCCGAAGCCUGGAUCAGGGAAAAGAAUGCUAUUUUGGCAACACAGACAUUUGGAAAGGAUCUGACCAGCAUCCUAGAGCUACUCAAUAAGCAUAAAAUUAUGGCGGGAGAACUUCUGGGACGGCGAUCCCUCCUGCAACACACCAUGAAAAAAGGCAAGCAAAUUUUAAAUAAGAAAUGUUUUGGGACAGGAAAGAUCCAGGAGAAGAUCAUGGAUGUGAAGGCACAAUGGAAGAAAUUGGAAGACCAUGCAAGCUUGAGGUUGCACAGGCUUCAGGAGGCCCUUAAUUUCUUUCAAUUCAAUGCUGAAACUGAUGACCUCCUGGCCUGGUUGCAAGACACCUACCGAUUAGUCUCCAGUGAGGAUUUUGGCCAUGAUGAGUACUCAACCAAAUCUCUGAUGAAGAAGCACAAGAGUGUAGUGGGGGAGAUUGAGAAACAUCGUCUCAAUGUUGUUGCACUUAGGAAACACAUGGUUAGCCUGUCAGUGCAGUAUCGGGAACUGGAUGAAGUCCAGAACAGACUGGGAGAAGUCGAGCAGUUGUACACUGAGGUGGUGGAUGUGGCAGUACUCAGACAGCAGUGGCUACAUGAUGCCCUAGCUGUAUAUCGGAUGUUCAGCGAGGUCCAUGCAUGUGAAGUUUGGAUUGACGAGAAAGAGCAAUGGCUGAACAAGAUGGCCAUCCCAGAGAGACUAGAAGAUGUGGAGGUGGUGGCACACAGGUUUGAAAGUCUGGACCAGGAAAUGAACAGCCUAAUGGGCAGAAUCUUGGAUGUUAAUCAGAUUGUCCAGCAGUUGCUAGACAGUGGACACCCCAGUUCUUCGGAGGUCCGUGGCUGCCAGGAUCAUCUUAAUGGAAGGUGGAAUCGUAUUGUGGAACUGGUAGAACAAAAGAAAGAUCAUCUUAACUCUGUCUUGCGUAUCCAAAAUUACUUGCUGGAGUGUACUGAGAUUAAGUCUCAGAUCCAAGAGAAACGUAAAGCUAUUGAAACCAUACAGUACACUGGCAGUGACCUGGGAGGUGUUCUAGCACUUCAGCGAAAGCUGUCUACGAUGGAAGGUGCUUUGACUGUUUUAGAACCCAAGCUGAUCUUGCUCCAGCAGGAGGCAGAAGAACUGGUUACUGCACAUCCAAAUCAAGCUCUUGAAAUCCUGGUGCAGUUUGAGGACAUUGGAGUUGAAUGGGAAGAGCUUAAGAGGAUGUUGCAAGGCUGCGAGGAUUCACUUACAGUGGCUCGAAGGCUUCAACAAUUCAUUCAAGACCUGGACAACUUCUUGACCUGGCUGGUCCAAACCCAGACUGCUGUGGCUUCAGAAGUCCUACCAAGUAACCUGGAGGAAGCUGAAUUGCUUAUCAAUCAACAUGCCACUCUGAAGGAAGAAAUUGGUCGGUAUGAGGAGGACUAUAAUCGCAUCCAGGAUGUCAAUAAGCUGUUGACAUUGGAGGAAACAGAAUUACCGUACAUCUCCCUUCAGCAAUGGCUACAAAAGUUAGAUGUUGGCUGGAACAAACUUUUGGAUGCUUGGGAAAGUCGUCGAGAGGUUCUUGUGCAGUCACACAUCUUUCAUCUUUUCCUUCGCGAUGUGAAACAAGCAGAAUCUUUUCUUAAUAACCAGGAGUCGGUGCUGGCCCAUGUGAAGCAUCCAACUACAGUGGAGUCUGUAGAAGCAGCAAUCAAGAAACACAAGGACUUCACCACCACCAUGGAAUUAAAUCUGCAGAAGAUUAAGACUGUUGUUGAGGCAGGGGAAAGCCUCAUCAUUCAGGGUAAUAUCUACUCUGAGAGAAUUAGAGAAAGGAUUGAUACCAUCUCCAACAGGAGUAAGCAGAAUGCAGCCAUGGCCGAAACUUGGCUUCAAAAGCUGAACGUUCACUUAGAGUUACAGAAGUUUCUGCAGAGUUGUCAAGAGCUGGAUGACUGGGUCACGGAGAAGAUGCUAAUGGCACGAGAUACCUCUCGAGACGAGGCACAAAAACUGCACAAGAAAUGGCUCAAGCAUCAGACUUUCAUGGCCGAACUGGCCCAAAACAAGGAGUGGCUGGAAAAAAUCGAAAAGGAAGGUCAACAGCUGAUCCAGGAGAAGCCAGAACUGUCCUCUGUUGUGCAGAGAAAGCUAAAAGAGAUUCGAGAAUGCUGGCAGGAGUUGGAGUCCACCACACAAGCCAAGGCACGGGAACUUUUUGAGGCUAAUAAAGCAGAUUUGUUAGUGAAAAGCUACUCAGAUUUAGACCACCGCCUCACCCAUCUGGAAGGCCAGCUGAACCAAGUGGACCAGGGGCAGGAUCUCAUCAGUGUUAAUAAACAGCUGAAGAAACUACAGAGUAUGGAGUCCCAGAUGGAAGACUGGUAUAAGGAGGUGGGAGAGCUUCAGGUACAAGCAUCCUCCAUCCCUCAGCAAGGACUUAUUAAGGACAAUGUUAAUGAUAAGCAGAAUAUGGUGGAGACAAGAAUUGUAAGGCUCAUCGAGCCCCUUAAAGAAAGACGACGUAUUCUUUUAGCGUCUAAGGAGGUCCACCAGGUGACCCGUGACCUUGAGGAUGAAAUUAUCUGGAUUGAGGAGCGGCUGCCAUUGGCAACAUCUAAGGAGCAUGGGAGCAGUUUGCAAGCUGUCCAGCAGCUGAUGAAGAAAAACCAGUCUCUGCAGCGUGAGAUCAUAGGACAUCAGUCGAGGAUGGAAGACGUGCUGGACAGAGCAGGCCUCAUUGCCUCAAUCCGCAGUCCAGAGGCAGACUGUGUGCGAGCUAGCUUGGACUGUCUACGUCAGUUGUGGGAUAUGCUGCGCUCAGAAACUGAGUGCAGGCAGAGAAUGCUGGAUGGAAUGUACCAAGCACAGCAAUACUACUUUGACGUGACAGAAGUGGAGGCUUGGCUCAGUGAACAAGAACUGCACAUGAUGAAUGAAGAGAUGGGAAAGGAUGAGGCCAGCACCCUUCAGUUCUUGAAGAAGCAUCUUGUUAUUGAACAAACAAUUGAGGACUACGCUGAAACUAUUGGCCUGCUGUCCCAACAGUGCCGCUCCCUGCUUGAGAUGGGGCACCCUGAAAGUGAGCAGGUCAGCAAGCGUCAGUCCCAGAUUGAUCGACUCUAUGUCUCCCUCAAAGACCUGGUAGAAGAGCGCAAAGGAAAGUUGGAACAACAGUAUUGGCUCUACCAGUUGAACCGUGAGGUAGAUGAACUAGAGCAUUGGAUUGCGGAGCGUGAAGUGGUGGCUGGAUCGCCGGAGCUUGGCCAGGACUGUGAACACGUCUUAAUGCUCCAAGAAAAGUUUACAAAGUUUGCCACAGAAACGGGAACCCUGGGGCAGGAGCGGGUAUCAGCUGUGAAUCAGAUGGUGGAUGAGCUGAUCGACUAUGGACAUUCGGAUGCAGCAACAAUUGCGGAGUGGAAGGAUGGUGUUAAUGAGGCCUGGGCAGACUUGUUGGAAUUAAUGGAGACGCGUGCCCAAAUGCUGGCUGCAUCCCACCAACUACACAAGUAUUUUGCUGAUUGCCGAGAGGUGCUGGUUCAAAUUGAAGACAAACAGAAGCGCCUGCCAGAGGUGCGCGCUCGCCAAGGAGGGACUGCAAAUACCAGCACUCUGCAGAGGCUCAUGCACAGCUUUGAACAUGAACUCCAGUUGCUUGUCACCCAGGUGCGCCAACUCCAGGAGAGUGCAGCCCAGUUGCGUACUGUCUAUGCUGGUGAAAAAGCAGACGCCAUUGUAGCGAAAGAGCAAGAAGUAAUGCAGGCCUGGAAAGAGCUGCUGACAUCCUGUGAAGAAUGCAGACUUCAAAUCACCACAUCAACUGACAAACUGCGAUUCUUUGGGGUAGUACGGGACCUGGUUUCUUGGAUGGAUGGUAUCAUCUGUCAGAUUGGCACCGGUGAAAAGCCAAGAGAUGUGUCGUCAGUGGAGGUGCUGAUGAAUUACCACCAGGGCUUAAAGAAUGAGAUUGAGGCCCGCAAUAAGAGCGUAAUGCAGUGUGUGGAGAUGGGGAAGACGCUCUUGGCAGCCAGGAACCCAGCAGCAGAGGAGAUUAAAGAUAAACUGGAGAAGCUUCUGGCAAAACAGAAGGAGCUACUGGAGAAGUGGGACAAGCACUGGGAAUGGCUGAAGCACAUGCUAGAGGUCAAUCAGUUUGCCCAGGAGGCAGUUGUGGCAGAAGCCUGGCUUACUGCUCAAGAACCUUUUAUCCGUAGCCAAGAGUUGGGCAACAGUGUGGAUGAAGUGGAACAGCUGAUUCGGCGACAUGAGGCCUUUCGGAAAGCUGCUGCCACCUGGGAGGAGCGUUUCAGUUCUUUACGACGCCUCACCACGCUAGAGAAAUUAAAAGCAGAGCAAGGCAAGCAACCCCCAACUCCAUUACUGGGGCGCAAAGUAUUUAUGGAUCCCCAAGAGCCUACAUCAGCAAGGGCAUCUUCUUCUCUUCUACGGCAGACAAUCUAUGAACAAACUGAACCUAAGGAUGACAGAUUAGUAGAACCUGUUUUGUCUGCCCACAAGCUGGGAAGUACUGCUUCAUCUUAUACUCCAGUGAUGAAUGGGACAAAAUAUGGAGGUCUGGAACUCCGAAAUGAACCAAAGAUUGCCUAUGUUCGGCAAGAAUUAAAGCCAGAGCGCCUACAGCCUAAGAUUGACAUUCUUCAAGAUGGUGUGCAAUCAGCCUUGACAGCAAGGCAAGUGGGGCAAGAAGCCCCUCGGAAAGAUGACACCAAAGGUCCAACUGCUGCUGAGCUCCAAGUCCAGCAGGUUAGUAGACAUCAGGAUCUCACUGAUGGAAAAGUCAGUCAGUCAGAGCCUCACAGUGAACAGAAGAAAAGAGAACGAGAAAGGAGGCUGGAAAGGCAGACAUCCAGUGAACAAGAAGUUCAAGCUAGGCUUGAUGAGCUUCCUCAGGAAAGACGGCGGGAAAGGUAUGAGCGAAGGUUAGAAAGACAGACAUCAAGUGAACAAGAAGUUCAAAAGAAGACUGAAGAACACCCUCAGGAAAGGAGAAGAGACCGACACGAGCGCCGACUGGAAAGGCAGGAAUCAAGUGAACAGGAGACAGCCAGAGACCAGUCUGAGAAGAAAGCUGCAGGGGAGAAGAGGUCGACAUUGGCAGAUAUUGUGGAACAGCUACAGGAGAGAGAAGCUGCCCAAUUACAGUCUCAGAGUAGAGAGAGAGAAGGACCUCCACGUCUCCCGAAUGGGCUACCUGAGCGAACACCUCGCCCCGACCGGCCUCGAGCCCGGGACCGACCUAAACCUCGUAGGCGGCCAAGGCCGAAGGACCCAAACGCACCACCAGGAGAGGCCAGACGAUCUCGUUCAGCACCAGCCCAGAGCAGCUCGGCUCUGCCUCCCCUCCCUCCCACCCAUACAGCCCAGCAUGAGGGGACUCUGUUCCGAAAGCAUGAAGUCGAGAGCCAGAAGAAGGCUUCAAACAGGUCCUGGGUGAGCCUCUACUGCACAAUUUCUAAUGGUGAAAUGGGAUUUUACAAGGACGCCAAAAACACAGCUUCCACUUAUAAUGGAGAGCCACUUCUUAGCCUUCAAAACUGUGCUUGUGAAGUUGCAAAUGCUUACAAAAAGAAGAAGAAUGUCUUCAAAUUAAAAACAAAAGAAGGUAGUGAAUUCCUUUUCCAUGCAAAAGAUGAGGAGGAGCUUAAGAAAUGGAUUGAGGCGAUAUCAAUGGCCAUUUCAGAACAUGAAGAAAUUGCAAAAUGGGCACAGAGCCUGCCUACUACCUCUUCAACAGAUGAAGGCAACACACAGAGAGCGGGAGAACGACGCAUGAGUGUUUCUGCGAAAAAGAAAUGAAAAGGCAGACAUUGAGAGAUAGAGAAUGAUGGGAUACCAGCCCUUCUGUAAUGUCUUCCCCAUCCAGGAACAUGGAUUGUGGGUGCCACGAGCUUCUCGUCUCCAUGCGUGUCUCUCAUUCUCUGUCUCUCUAGAAGCAGAACCUACAUAAGCUUCCAGCAAAACCCUUGGGGGGGUGUGGGGGGGGGGAUUAAAGACACUGUAGUUUUGUAUAACCCUGGCUAAACUAUAAUGAAGGAAAGAGAGUGAAGAAUUGUGGUUAGGCUGGCAGAAAUCCUGGGUACAGAAAAUGCGUAUUUGAGCAAAUAAUGCAAAAAUGAGUUCUUAUGAAGAUGAACCUUGUUUUAAUUUAAGGGGCAUCAGUUCUGAAAAGGUAGGAAGCUGGUUCUUCAGUGGAAAAGCUCCUUGUUUGAGUCAUGUUUGUGAAUGUUGACCCUUGUAAUGGAAUAAUUUUGCUCAUUCUGUUUAUUAUUUGGUUUGUUGUUUAAAUGUGGGUAAAGAAACCUUAAAAGAAUCGAAAGGUUUUGGGAGGUGCACGCGAGUGCAAUGAGAUCACUUCAGCUGUUUACAAGUCAACCAGCACAAGCCUUUGGUCACAUUUUAACAAUAUUAUUUUCUUAUCGUUCAGAUGUCAGAGAGAAUGAAACCACUGUUUUAACUUACACAGUGUUUAUUUAAUGACUUCACGCUGUCUUGAAAGCAGCACAAAAUGUGAAAAAUAUGGGUCAUG